GCACUAGAUAUUGCCGCGGAUUGGCUGACUGGGGCGCAGCUUAAUGGCGUCGGGCUGGCUAGCCGCGGUCCCGGCGGUGGCCCCUGGGCGAAGGCAGCCUUUGUGAAAGGGCCUGUGGCCCGAGCUUGCUGUGGCAACAGGGAGUGGAAAUUGGAGGCAGGAGCCUUCCUUACACUGCGCCAUGAGUUUCUUGAUCGACUCCAGCAUCAUGAUUACCUCUCAGAUACUUUUCUUUGGAUUUGGGUGGCUUUUCUUCAUGCGCCAACUGUUUAAGGACUAUGAGGUACGUCAGUACGUGGUACAGGUGAUCUUCUCUGUGACUUUUGCGUUCUCUUGCACCAUGUUUGAGCUCAUCAUCUUUGAAAUCUUAAAAGUAUUGAACAGCAGUUCCCGUUAUUUUCACUGGAAAAUGAACCUGUGUGUAAUCCUUCUGAUCCUGGUUUUCAUGGUGCCUUUUUACAUUGGCUAUUUUAUUGUAAGCAACAUCCGACUAUUGCAUAAACAGCGUCUGCUCUUCUCCUGUCUCCUAUGGUUGACCUUCAUGUACUUCUUCUGGAAACUAGGAGAUCCAUUUCCCAUUCUUAGCCCAAAACAUGGGAUUUUGUCCAUAGAACAGCUCAUCAGCCGGGUAGGUGUGAUUGGUGUGACUCUCAUGGCUCUUCUUUCUGGAUUUGGUGCUGUCAACUGCCCAUACACUUACAUGUCCUACUUCCUCAGAAAUGUGACUGAUGCAGAUAUCCUAGCCCUGGAACGGCGACUGCUUCAAACAAUGGAUAUGAUCAUCAGCAAAAAGAAAAGGAUGGCGAUGACACGGAGAACUAUGUUCCAGAAGGGGGAGGUGCAUAACAAACCGUCAGGAUUCUGGGGAAUGAUAAAAAGUGUUACCACUUCAGCACCAGGAAGUGAAAAUCUUACUCUUAUUCAACAGGAAGUGGAUGCUUUGGAAGAACUAAGCAGGCAGCUUUUUCUGGAAACAGCUGAUCUAUAUGCUACCAAGGAGAGAAUAGAAUACUCAAAAACUUUCAAGGGGAAAUACUUUAAUUUUCUGGGUUACUUUUUCUCUAUUUACUGUGUUUGGAAAAUUUUCAUGGCAACCAUCAAUAUCGUUUUUGACCGAGUUGGGAAAACUGAUCCUGUCACAAGAGGCAUCGAGAUCACUGUGAAUUAUCUGGGGAUCCAAUUUGAUGUAAAGUUCUGGUCUCAGCACAUUUCCUUCAUUCUGGUUGGAAUAAUCAUCGUCACAUCUAUCAGAGGAUUACUGAUCACUCUUACAAAGUUCUUUUAUGCCAUCUCCAGCAGUAAGUCCUCCAAUGUCAUUGUCCUGCUAUUAGCACAGAUAAUGGGCAUGUACUUUGUCUCCUCCGUGCUACUGAUUCGAAUGAGCAUGCCUCUAGAGUACCGCACCAUAAUCACCGAAGUGCUUGGAGAGCUACAGUUCAACUUCUAUCACCGUUGGUUUGACGUGAUCUUCCUGGUCAGUGCUCUCUCCAGCAUCCUGUUCCUCUAUUUGGCUCACAAACAGGCACCAGAGAAGCAUAUGGCACCUUGAACUCACACCUGUUACAGACUGCUGCAGGCCAGUGGUGUCAGAAUUUGGAUAUAAGAGAAAAAAUGGAGGGGACCAGGGCCUCAUGUUUUUUAAACAAUCAAAAUGCUGAGGUAGCAUAUUCUGCCUUCAGCGUAUGCCUCCCUCCUCUGUGGAUACUGUGAUCAUGAGUAGCAUUAGCUAGAACAUGGGAGCGUGAAGUAAACUUAAGCUAGCACUCAGCUGAGAGCAUCCCAUGUGGGUUUGAGGCUGGUGGGAAAGGGGGUGGAAAAGAGCCAAGAAACUAGGUGGGGGGAAUACACUGGAACUCUGCAGGUAAGGGGAAGUCUCAGGGAGCUGGGCCGAACACCCAGAAUUUCUGCUCAAGGCUCACAUGGAGGAGGUUAUGGCUUUCCCUUAAGAUUGACUGUCAUUAAAAUCAGAUUACAACCCUUUGGCCUUAGCUUCAUUUUCUCAAGGACAGCUUGGUGUAGUGUGCUUGUGCAAUCUAA